AUGUCAUUUACAUCCUGCGUCCGUUAUGGCUCGUCCUUGGCGGUGGCGUUAAGUGGAACUCGGCGACUCCAGCCGCCGUGCUGUACACUUCAAAGGGGUAUGCUGCAGAUGUCGUGUCUCGUGGGCGCCCAGCGUUUCUGUGCCGUAUGCUGUACGCGUCGGCGACUCCAACGGACAAGGCGCGACGCAGAUGUGCUGACCGCUGUGACGACGAAAAAGCGGGAAGCAGGAGAGGCGGAGUGCGGAGGGAUGGACCUUGACAUGGAGCUUGAGCCGGUGGACUUGAAGAAGUUGGCACUGCCGCUGCACUUGAUGGAGACUAUUCCGCCUGCCGUUGUUGCCAACAUCGUGGCGAAAGACAAAACAAUUGUGUUCUCGCCCCAUCGGAAGCAAAAGGAUGUGUCGCGCCGCCUGUUUCGGAUGAAGCACCGGUACAGCAUUCAACCUCUCGGAAUGGUUCUGCACUUUCGCUUUUUUGCGUUACAUGGCGAUAAACAGGAUGGAGUAACAAGGUUGGCGGACAUCACACCGGACCACUUUCACCGCAUCAAAGAGAAGCUGCGAACGUUUACACGAUUCAUCGUCCUGGAUGAGCGUUGGCCGCUGGAGGUAUCUGUGGAGGUAACCCCCAUCAUGCAGCGCUCGCCCACUGAAAUAAAGUCUAUAGAGGAUGUGGUACACAUGCUAAGUCGUGUUAUGGCAGAGGAACUUCACGUUGGGGCGUGGUGUGGCAUCUCAUCCACGCCUAUUCUUGCCAAAAUGGCUUGCGAGGCGAGCCAGAAGCAGCACCCGCAGGAUCCAAAGGCCGCUGUGUCGGGAGGCAUUCUGUGUAGCGAGCGCUAUGACCUUCCUACUCACGAAGCCGUGGAGAAAUUUGUAGCGAAUAUUCCACUUAGCGAUGUUCCCGUCAUGGGCAAGGCACAGGUUGAGCUUUUAAAGAGUGUGUACGGCAUCAGAACCUGUGGCGAUAUCUUGGCGCAGGACGAACGUCUUGGUUUCACUUUCUCCCAGCAGACAAUGGAAUUUUUCCUCUCAGUUGCUUAUGGCGUCAUGCGUGUAGAGAGUGAGAUUGGCACAACCCUGCGACAGAAGGGCGCACGGUGCAAGUCUGCCCAGGUUCGCCGGGAAUCACGGUAUGGCCGUGUUAUCUCCGAGGAGCAGUUCAUUAAAACUGUCCUAGCGGUUUUUGACACCGUUCACAGGGAUCUUCUUCUUUACGACUUUGUAGCCGGUCGCAUUUCCCUCGAUACACGGAGAUUUGCUCCACGUGUCUUUUGGGUUACGGAGGAGUUCGAAGAUGUCACGCCUCGCACCAACAAUCGCGAACGUUUACAAGAGGCAGUGCUACGGCUUGCCAAGCGGUUUGCCCCGCGGCGCACGAAGGAGAUGCUGGAUAUGUACAUCCUCUCCAUACAUCUAAGCGACGUACGCACGUGGACCGAGGAGUACGAGGGUGGGACCCACGCCAGCUGUAGGGCGAGACGAGGUUCUACAGUGAGAAAAACUGCUCCCGUGCCUCCGUCGGAGAAGAAAAGUAAAAUGCGGUUGCAAAGUUCAAUGACACGAAAAGAUGACGCCAACAAACCUCGAGGCAUCAAGAUUCUGAUGUAA